AUGUAGCUGGCAGCGCAGUAUUGCUGGAAUGUAAACUAGUUGGCAAUCUUACACUUGUUGAUUGUAGAAAUUCUACUCGUACCCUAAUUUGCUUUGUGUUAAUCGGCAAUAAAAUAAGGUGUAGAAAAACAAAGUGAAAAAUAUUAAUACAAUGUCUAAUAAGAAGUUGAAACAAACAGAUAACAUUGAAAAUUUGUGUCCGACGCCAAGAAAACGUGUAAAAACUACUCCAAUCAACAGUUGGAAAGUAGCUAAACUUGAAACAAACUCAUCACCAAGUACUCUAACCACAGAAUAUUUGGAGGAAAUGGGUAUUGGUAUGCUUGACUCGGAAGAGAGCUCAUCAUCUGCGGCUUCAUCAAUUGCUCUUGUUCUGAGUGCAAGUGCAGAUGAAAAUUCGAAUGGGGUUACUCCAAAUUUGGAUGCACCAAAGAUGUGUCACAAUCGUAUUGCAUCCUACCGACCUUUGGACAGUACGCUAGACAGUACGCUUAGCAGUGAAAAUAAUACAUUAAUAGGUAGCCCCAACAUCAGCCAUAUUGAACCCGAGUGUAGUAAUGCAAAUCAUCAACAUUGCAAUAAUAAUAACAAUACAUUAGACUCCUUUGGUGACGAAAGCAAACAAACGUUGCAGCUGCAACAAUGUCAAUCUAAAAAUGUAGAUAAAGUACUACCUCAAUAUAGGAAAGUCGCUAUACUUGGUGUGGGUGCAGGUAGUAGUUCGUCGUCCGCGUCUGCAUCACAACCAAAUGUUACAAAUUCGAAUUCCAACUCGCCUUCAGCAGGCAGAAGCACACGCAGUCCGUUGGCUACAGUUUCUGGCAACAACCAUAAUCGAACAGUAAGGAAUGCUUCACAGCAUGAGAGCAUAGGAGGUAAUGGCAUCGCUACAAUAAAUAACUCAACAAAUCCCAAUCCUGUAUUAUAUGCAUCCAACUACAUGCCCAUGCCUUCAACCAGCAAGCAGAUAACUUUAAUCAAACAACAACAGCGACAACAGCUUCAACAGCAGCAGUUGCAGAGGCAAGUUCAAAAUCUAAGCCAACAUCAGCAGAAGCAAAAACCUAAUGAGCAGCAUCCACAUAUGGCUUUAUAUGACAAUUUCUUCUUGUUUCGACAACAACAACAGUUGCGCGAUCAUGUUAACGAUGGAAAGGAUCAUUUUAGCUCGUUGUCGGAUGAGAUUAUUUUACAAAUUUUUAAAUGGCUUCCUAAAAAAGCGUUAAUACGCUGUAGCUAUGUUUGUCGACGUUUUGGUAGAUGUGCCAGUGAUGAGUCGCUUUGGACGCGUCUGGACUUAGGAGGACGGCAUUUGCGGGCUGGUGCCCUGGAAAGUAUAUUAACACGCGGUGUAGUAAUUCUACGUUUAGCGCAAGCCGAGUUGAAUCAUCCCAUCUUCGAUAGUGACUUUCUACAUGCCGAAACGAAGUUCGAAUCGAAGUUGCAGUAUUUAGAUCUAAGUAUGGUAUCGGUUACAAAGCCGUCGCUAAAAAUGCUAUUAUCACGUUGCCGACAAUUAAAGAAACUAAGCUUAGAGCAUGUGCCCAUUAACGAUGAAAUUUGUAACGAAAUAGCUAAGAAUGCCAAUUUAGAAGCACUGAAUUUAGCAAUGUGUAUAGGAUUGGAAGCCUGGAGUGUGCGCAAAAUAAUGGAAUCAUUGCAAAAUUUAAACAGUUUGAAUAUAUCAUGGACAAACUUAUCGGUGGAUGCUGUGACAUCGGUAGUGACAAAUGUGACACCAAAUCUUAUGCGAUUGAAUAUGGCUGGCUGUCGGAAGACACUGUAUGACUCACACGUGGCCAGCUUGGCCAAACGAUGUCCACAACUUCUAGAAAUAGAUUUCUCUGAUUGUACUGCAUUGACAGGCAGUGUCGUUAAUAUUAUUUGUAGAUUCAAAAUGCUCGAAUAUUUGUCUUUGUCUCGCUGCUAUCUCAUUCCUGCGUCUUCCUAUAUGGAUUUAAUUAAUUUGCCCACACUGACUUAUCUGGACAUAUUUGGAAUGCUCUCAGAUACUGGAAUGGAGUUGUUGGAACAAAACUUUCCAAAUAUAGGAAUUAAUAAAUUCAUCCACAGUUCAGUAGCCAGACCAACUGUUGGAACACGUCGCACAUCAAUUUGGGGUCUUCGCACGCGGGACUAGAAUGUUAACAUGGACGAUAAGAAUAUGUGUAUUACGUUAGUUUCAGAACAAAACCAGGGCUCGAAUCGUAACGGUCGUGAGCGAGCAACUCGUUUCGUAAAAAUUAAUAUUUCGGAUUAUAACAACUGUCGUCUCGUGCACAGAAUUACGAAAUAUGUAGUUUUACGGGACGAGUCGCUCGUUCACGACUUACGAUUCGAACCCAAAGAUGUAAUAAGGCAGUUUUGUAUUAGUUUUUUAUUCAAUGUUUUAUAUAUGAUACGCCUAGUUUCUAAUAAAAUCGUCAUAUUGUCGAAAAGCGUUUAGAAAAGCAAUCAAUUAUGAUAAAUAUUAUGAAGGAAA